AUGGAAUCCCCAGUAUAUAUUUUUCGUGAGGAGCCGGGUCCCACCUGCUCCCCAGGACCCUGCCCACUUCCAAGCAGUAGCUGGCUUGUGGACUGGGCAGAAUAUGGCAACAGCAGCAGCAGCAGCAGCAGCAGCAGCAGCAUGUAUGAGGACUUACAACAGAAUCACACCAACAUCUCCCCAGCUAUUCCCAUAAUCAUCACUGCUGUCUACUCCAUGGUCUUUGUGGUGGGCUUGGUUGGCAACUCUCUGGUCAUGUUUGUCAUCAUAAGGUACACAAAGAUGAAGACAGCAACCAACAUCUAUAUCUUUAAUCUGGCUCUAGCAGAUGCCCUCGUUACCACAACAAUGCCUUUCCAAAGUACUGAGUACUUAAUGAACUCUUGGCCAUUUGGGGAUGCACUGUGUAAAAUAGUUAUUUCCAUUGACUACUAUAACAUGUUCACUAGCAUAUUUACGCUGACCAUGAUGAGUGUUGACCGGUACAUUGCUGUGUGCCACCCUGUGAAGGCUCUGGACUUCCGUACACCUCUGAAGGCAAAGAUCAUCAACAUCUGUAUCUGGCUCUUAUCUUCAUCAGUUGGCAUAUCGGCCAUAGUCCUUGGAGGCACCAAGGUCAGGGAAGAUACAGGCAGUACCGAGUGUUCUUUGCAGUUUCCAGACAAUGACUAUGUCUGGUGGGACAUCUUUAUGAAAAUCUGUGUCUUUGUCUUUGCGUUUAUUAUCCCAGUGCUAAUUAUAGUUGUUUGUUAUACCCUGAUGAUUCUGCGUUUGAAGAGUGUGCGACUUCUGUCUGGAUCUCGAGAGAAAGACCGAAAUCUCCGUCGCAUCACCAGAUUGGUUCUCGUUGUUGUUGCAGUUUUCAUUAUCUGUUGGACCCCAAUCCACAUCUUUGUGCUGGUCGAGGCCCUUGGAGAUGUAUCGCACAGUACGGCCGCCAUUUCUAGCUAUUACUUCUGCAUUGCAUUGGGCUACACCAAUAGCAGUCUAAAUCCCAUCCUGUAUGCUUUUCUGGAUGAAAACUUCAAGCGGUGUUUCAAAGAUUUCUGCUUUCCUUUUAAGAUGAAGACGGACAGACAAAGCACCAGCAGAGUUCGAAACACCAUUCAAGGCCCUGCUUAUGCCAGGGAAGCUGAUGGUACAAACAAGCCGGUAUGA